AACUACGUGGCCUGAUCGAGUCGGGAAAGGAGGUCGUGCUUAGCAGUGAGAAAUUAGUAGCCUAUUAGUAGCAGCAGUGUUGUUAUUAGUUCAGUCCAGGAAGGGCUAAGCUUCAAGCCAGGUUAGUGAGCUGGUCCUGGUUGUUCACAUUAUCGUAUAAUUUCACUCGAGGUGAAGAAGGGAGAGGUUUUUGUAUCAAUAAUGGACACUAUUCUGGAUAAUCUUUCAAACACUGAGUUUAUUAGAGUUUGCGUUCGGGAUCCAAGGCUUCAUAAAGAUGACCGCUGGCACACACAUGUUGACUACGAGAUCUGUUUACAUACUAAUAGCUUGUGUUUUCGAAAAAAGACCUCCUCUGUGAGACGGCGCUACAGUGAGUUUGUUUGGUUGCGUCACUGCCUGGAACAGAACGCUUUCAUAAUAGACUUGCCUAAAUUGCCACCCUGGAACCCUUUCUUCAGUCUGAAGAACACAGAACAAGUCAUCCAGAGGAUCAAGGGUCUGCAGAAGUUUUUAGAAAUUGUUCUUCAUACACCGUUGUUGUUAUCUGACAGUCGGCUCCAUCUGUUCCUCCAGUCAGACCUUAGCAUUACAAAGAUUGCAAGGUGUGCUGUUGGUAAGACCAGGUAUACGGUAGCUGAAGCCAUUCAGCGUUCAAGAACUGGUUGUAUCACAUCAGAAGAAAAGGUUUCAUGUGACUCUGACUGUGAAAGCACUUCAUCAUCAUCAGGCUUGGGACUAAGUGUUGACACUUCUGGGCGAGGUAGCCCCAUCUUCUUUCAGUCUGACGGAGAUCCAGAACCCUUUUGUUCUUUUUCUGAGACUACCAGCCCACUUACUGAGUACUAAUGUAAAGAAGUGACACUGUACUCUUCUUCUUCUUCUUGUGGAUGUAUAGGUCAUCUUUGCAUUAAUGUGUUCAAUACUUCAUUGAACUCUUGCUAUUGUUAACUUUUUUUAAACUUCCGUUAACAUCAGUGUGACCCUUUGAAAAUGUUUUAACUUGCCUUGUGUCCUGCAAUUGGUACCAUUUAAGUAUCAUGUACUUAAAAAAAAAUCAUGUUUUUUUUAAAAAAAAAAAAAAGUGUAACAACUGACAAAUUCUUAUUUCCAAUGUGUACUUUUUUUUUUA